GUAAUUAGCAGCGUACAUAGUUCAUGCAUGCUUGUUGCAAGAGCAUGAACAGUAUGUUGCAAUCAAUCAUGGAGUAGUGUACCAUCGGGCGGAACGCUGUCCCAGAAGAAGCUCCCUAAUAUUUUCCUAAUACUGUCAGAGUAAAAAAUUCCUUACACGCCCAGGAGAGUCACAAUGACGCGAAUUGCAAGGAAACGUCAUCACCGAGGGUACACCCACAUCCAGAAAAAGUACCGAACACGGAGGAAAACGAAGGACUUGGACCAGAUCCACGAAGACAUGAAACCGGAAGCUUCCAAGCAACUGUUAAAUCAAGAUAUAGAUCAUGACAAGCCGGGGAUGGGUCAGCAUUACUGUUUGCAUUGCGCGAGACACUUCAUCAGCUUGCAUGCCUUAAAGGAGCACUUCCGAACCAAGCUGCAUAAAAGAAGAUUAAAAGCUCUUGAGACAGAACCGUACACACAGAAGGAAGCUGAAGCUGCUGCUGGCAUGGGGUCUUAUCAUCCUCCCAAACUGAAGAAGGUCACUACCCAGGAGGUAGUGGAAGAUGAGAACAUGGACUCUGCCAUGACUGCUAAAUAGGAACAUGGAAGGAGACACCAGUUGGUGGGAAAUUUAUUGAAGCGGAACUCUGGGAAAUGAAGAACAUUUGUUUAGCCCAUUCAGACAGCAUGUUCUGUUUUCCUCUUUGAACUAAAUCAAUAUUGGAAUUUUUAUUGGAAAGUGAAAUAUGAUACUGUACCAGGCAUAGUUCUUUUGGGCCUGUUUCGUAGGUUUUAAUUGUGCACUGUGAAUGCACACUGCAUUAACCCUAAUAGAUCUGGGAGGGUGGAAUCCCCCUUCAACUUUUUUCCAAUAUCGCUGCAGUGCAUUUUUUUCAGAGGUUAAGCCUUUUAGAGUUUCUUGAGUAAAUCUUUGCACUCAUUUGGAAACCAUAUUUGCAAACAAUAAAGAUGUAUACCUUUUCCACUGCGGUGCUUCGAACUUCAAAUAACCAUAACAACAAAAACACAUGAGUUUAAACUUUACAUUUGUAAUAAUGAAGAAUAUGUGUAUAAGCAUGCCAAGUUUUUUAAAACAUCGGGUUUGGCUCAGCCGAUUUCGGGGGGGGGGCAAAAUCUCUUUUUGAAGGUUAAUGGGAUUGUCUUUAAAACUGCUUCUAGGAAAUUAAAGUAUUUAAAAUUGAAGUAAUUUCCUAAAACCCUAGGACUUCUAGUCUCGAAAAGAGACGGGCGUGUCAAAGAUCAAACCUGAGACUUGUCACAAUCAGUGUUGACAUCUACAUUUUCUGUUUUUGUUUCAUGAUGCUAAACUUCCCCGGCUCUUUUUUGCGCUGAUUGUACUCAGUUGGUCAGCUGUUAGAUUUGUUUUUAAUCUCCUCUCUGAAUAAAGACAAGGAGACUCUCGAAA